CUCCGACGGACGGAUUCUGCGACAUGUAACAGCAGCGUUCGUCACACUCAUCUAACCUAUAACUUUAACGUUAUAGAUCAGUCCUAUAACUCUAAAGUUAUAGGUUAGGUCCAGGUUCGGUCGGUACUUCCGGUCCAGUAACUCGGAUCAUGUCUCUUCAGGCCGCCGCUUGGGUUCUGCUCCUCUCCCGUUUCCUGGUUUCUGCGUCUGAAGUUGCAGAGAUCGUCACAGAACCUGGGCAAACGGUGACGCUGCCGUGUCACGUGACCAGCAGCUCUCCCAUCGUCGUCAUAGAGUGGACCAGACCCGACCUCGGCGCCGAGUACGUCCUCCUGUACAGAGACGGCCAGCUGGACCCAGAGAACCAGCACCCGCUGUUCCAGGGCCGAGUGCAGCUGAAGGAGCCGGCCUCUCUGGACCUGGAGAACGUGACGGAAGACGACAGAGGAACGUACGAGUGUCACGUGAUCGAGAGGCGACAGCGGAGGAAACGGGCCGGCACCAACUCGGAGCAGGUCCAGAUCAUCAACCUGAAGGUCCAACGAGGCUCCACAGACGAAGCCGGGUCCGCGGCGCCGCUCAGCCCGGGGGCUGCUGCUGCAGGUGUUCUGGUGGCUGUCGUCAUCGUUGGUGUUGCUGGUUUUGGGAUCUUCAGAAAACGAAGGCUCCUUAAACAGAAACCAGAUCAACUUCCAGCUGAUGAAUUGGACUCGGUGGAGCCGAUGCAGCCAGAACCAGAACCAGCAGCAGCUUGAGCUUUUCCCCAGUGAAUCAUGUGUAGCCUGUCCUCAGACGCACUAAACCCAACGUCCUCCGCUCCUGUUCGUGUCAGUCAGCGUUGGCACCAGGCUCCACUGGGAUCGGUUCUGUUUGGGCUCAAAGAUGAGCUCUUCUCAGACAAACAUGUUUUAUGUCUGGGGCGAGUUCUGUCGGCAGGUGGAUCCGUCUGGAAGCUGGGUCGUGUUUUUGGACCCAGCUUCCAAACGGACCUGAGCCUUGGUCACUUCUGCCGUAAGUGAGCAGCUCAACAUCUGCAGCAGCAACAAACCAAAAUAAAAGCACUUCCUGUCUGAGUCUUUUGGAAAUAAGAGCUGUGACACCAGGUGAAGACUGGUUUGAACCUGGUCAUUUCCCAGCUUUGGGCUGUAAAAGGGUCCAAAUCAAAGCUUUGCCGGUUCUGACACAGUCACAGAUGGUGCUGAACUUCAGUCACUGGAAGGUUUUAAGAUGAAACUGAGCUGAAACAAAGACACGAACCUGAAAUAAACUUCAACCUGCAACCGGCAGUAGCUGCAUCUGUGACUGAAGCAAACUGUUAAAGCUGAAUCAUUAAAAAAAACACUUUAGGUUUCUAAAGUUUCUGAAAAAACAGAAAAAGAAAAUGAAUAAAUUUCAG